GAUGUAUUUAACGAUUCAAGUACUGGAUCAAACUUAAAGCCAGUUUUUUACUCGGUGAACUGGAAAGGUCACCUUGUCUUGCUGGAAAAGAAGCAAACUCUCAGCUCUCCUACUCUCUGUUUAACAGCGGCCGCGUGCAUUUCUUCAUGCUAUUAGUUAGUUAGGCUAUCUAGCUUUACAGACAGGUAUACUCAUGGUAGAUGAGAAGGGAAAGAACAUGAAAUGUCUCACCUUCUUCUUGAUGCUUCCAGAGACGGUCAAGAACAGGUCCAAGAAGAGCUCUAAGAAGGGAAGUAGCAGCAGCAGUAGUGGCAGCAAAUUGCCUCCAGUUUGCUAUGAAAUCAUUACCUUGAAGACCAAAAAGAAGAAGAAGAUGGCUGCUGAUAUUUUUCCCCGAAAGAAGCCAGCUAACACUAAUACAACUGCUGUCCAGCAGUACCACCAGCAGAAUCUCAAUAACAACAACACUAUUCCGGCACCUAAUUGGCAAGGACUUUAUCCAACCAUCCGAGAGAGAAAUGCAGUGAUGUUCAACAAUGACUUGAUGGCAGAUGUUCAUUUUGUGGUCGGGCCACCAGGUGGGACCCAGCGGCUGCCAGGACACAAAUACGUCCUGGCUGUUGGGAGCUCUGUAUUCCAUGCGAUGUUUUACGGAGAGCUUGCCGAGGACAAAGAUGAAAUCCGUAUACCAGAUGUUGAGCCCGCUGCUUUUCUCGCAAUGCUGAAAUACAUAUAUUGUGAUGAAAUUGAUUUGGCUGCAGAUACCGUACUGGCUACUCUUUAUGCUGCCAAGAAGUAUAUCGUCCCUCAUCUUGCCCGCGCCUGCGUCAACUUUCUAGAGACAAGUCUAAGUGCAAAGAAUGCCUGUGUGCUGCUUUCCCAGAGCUGCCUGUUCGAGGAACCUGACCUGACCCAGCGCUGUUGGGAAGUGAUUGAUGCCCAAGCUGAGCUGGCUUUGAAGUCCGAGGGAUUCUGUGACAUUGAUUUUCAGACACUCGAAAGCAUUCUCCGAAGGGAGACUCUGAAUGCCAAAGAAAUUGUUGUUUUCGAAGCAGCUCUGAACUGGGCCGAGGUGGAGUGUCAGCGCCAGGAGCUGACGGCCACCAUAGAGAACAAGCGCAAAGUGCUGGGCAAGGCGCUCUACUUGAUCCGCAUCCCUACCAUGGCGCUCGACGACUUCGCCAACGGCGCCGCGCAGUCCGGGAUCCUGACUCUCAAUGAAACCAAUGACAUCUUCCUCUGGUACACGGCUGCCAAGAAGCCAGAGUUACAGUUUGUAAGCAAACCCCGGAAAGGCCUCGUUCCUCAGCGGUGCCACCGUUUCCAGUCCUGCGCUUACCGCAGCAACCAGUGGCGUUACCGGGGCCGGUGCGACAGCAUCCAGUUUGCCGUUGAUAAGAGAGUGUUUAUCGCUGGCUUUGGGCUGUACGGCUCCAGCUGCGGGUCGGCAGAGUACAGUGCCAAGAUCGAACUCAAACGACAAGGAGUUAUCCUAGGCCAGAACUUGAGUAAAUACUUCUCAGAUGGUUCUAGUAACACUUUUCCCGUGUGGUUUGAAUAUCCAGUGCAGAUUGAGCCCGACACCUUUUACACAGCUAGCGUGAUCCUGGAUGGUAACGAACUCAGCUAUUUUGGACAAGAAGGAAUGACAGAAGUUCAGUGUGGGAAGGUGACUGUUCAGUUCCAGUGCUCCUCGGACAGUACAAAUGGCACUGGGGUACAGGGAGGGCAAAUUCCUGAACUCAUAUUUUAUGCUUGAAUGAAAGCGUGUGGAGAUGAAACGUUUUGCUAUGAAGAACUUGUCUGGUUGAGGCCUACUGACACUUAGCUUUUUAUCUUCAGAUAUGUGGUCAGUACAGGUAACAUGUAACUAAAGGCUGUGGGCAAGUUGCUGCCUUGCUAUACUUGUAGCAUCGUUGGUGAUAAAGUGUAAUAAUUAAACUGGAAGCUCUUAGGAGCAAGCAAGUUUUAAAGGCUUAGUAAGAGAGGUACCUGUUUGCUGGUGAUGCACCUGCGAAUCACCAGAGGAUAUCCCCAUCUUGUAUCUCGCUAAACACUGUCUUAAUUCAUCCAUUUUCUUGGUUUCCAUUUCCUGCUUUCUACUUGUAACUAUUUGAGGAGGUAGAGGCAGAAACAAGAAAAUGGAAUCUCUUCAGAGAUUCCAAUAAACUGAGCUGCUUUUGAUCACAAGGGCUGAAAGAAGCGCUGCAGUUGUAAGUAGAAAGCCUAAGUUUAAAUCUUCAUCCUGUGAGAUUCUCCUGGGGCCAGCUGUUUGGGAUGGCUGCAGGGGAAGAGAGAGAGAAGCAAGCAGCUUUCAGGAAGCUAUACAGCAUAUUGACCCUGUCCACAGUGCAUAGACGUGUUUAGAGUGAACAGGGAACAUGAGCUUAGCAAGUUACCCUCAGAGCACAUUUUCUAGGAAUCCCACCUUGAAAGCAUGAAAGUACUUGCACAUGUUGAAAUUGUAUAUGCAGCUCUUGAAACUCCACUCCUAUGGCCUAGUUUUUGCUACCUAGAAGUUAAUUUGCUAUUUAAGUGGCUUUUCUUUGAACCCUUGCUGUGUAAAUGAGAAUUGAUCCUGCAUCAGAUGCUAGAUAUUAUUUGUUUGUUUUGAAUGGAAUUUUUUUUCUUCCUCAUAAACAUUGUAGAGACAGAUUAUAGAGAAUGUACCAACGCUGAUUUGGACCCAUAUUACCAUGUGUUAUCAGUGGCAUUUUAGACAAGGACAAAAAGAUUCCCAACUGUAGCCAUACUACACUUAGUGUAUAUCAUCAGAUAAUAUUGAGGAGGAGGAAGCCUUCUCUAAUGUGUUAAUGUUGGAUCUCUUGCAGCUGUUUAUGGUUACACAGCAAUCAGAGGAUUAUGUGGUACAGAACUUCUUUUCUGAUCUUAUUUUCUUCCUAUCAUAUGUCUGUGUUGCUUUUUGAAAAGUCUUAGGGAUCGUGGCUCCUUUGUCAGGGAAGGGAACCAACGUAAGUAAGAAAUACAGAUAUUAUUAGAACACAAGAAAACCCUUCACCAUUGCAUUGGAACAGUUGCCUCAGAGGGACACUCCCUAUUGUAAAGCAUCUCAUUCUCAUUUCGUCUCUGAAGUGGGUUCUGUUUGUUGUGUGUGUUUUAACGAAAUGAGAGGACCAAAUGAUUCCUUAGACAGACUGAAGAUUAAUAGUGUAGUAUAUCACCACAUUAAUGCAGCAUAACCCUAAAUUCACUUGUCAGUUUUGUAAUAAAAAUGUUUUUCUCCUAUGAUUUCUUACCAGUUUAAAACUAUUGCUCUAAGUGUUUCUUGACGGUUGGAAUCCUGGCCCCUGGCCAUCACAAAGUGCCGAUACAUCUUUGCAGUGUCCAAAAUACCACCUGAAGUAAGGAAAAAUGGAGUGCAGACUUCACACAAUUUAUGGCCAAAGCCCAGUUCUUCUCUCUAGGUAAUAAAAGGAGAACAGGUAAAAGAGUGCCCGGCAAGAUCUAUAUUUCUCCCCCAUCAUAGUGUUUAAUAUUUGAUAUCCAUACUUAUGUAUGUGUAAGCAACGUUCUUUCUGAAACCUUAAUACCCUCAAAACAUAGAGAAAAAUGGUUUGUGUUGUGUUGGUUUUUUUUGUAACAGAUGUAUGUAAUGCAGACUGUUAGUGAAACCUAAACAGUAUGCUCCAUGGAAAACUCCCGGAGAGAGAUUUAAAAAACCUCCACUUAAUUAUAUUUAGAUCUGCAGCCUAAAAUGGACGAGCUUAUAAUUGUAUGGACUGGAGAAAGAGUUGCUGAAGAGAAGGCAAAAAGGACUCUUAAGGUUGUGAUGAGGUAAUGGUCAUCUACUUUUAGACAAGAUCUGAGCAGCAGUUCAUUUAAAUACAUUUGAAAAAAGAGAAAUAAACUAAUCAGCUGAUGAAGUUUUCCUGCAGCAAGCAGUUGAUGUAGAUGUAAUUACUCUGAUGAUCAAAUUGACAAGUUGCUUGCAGAGGCAAGCUGCAUUCUGAGCUUAGAGAUAAAAAUUGGGUGCUUGAGGUGAGGGGCCAAAUCAGAGAGUGCUGCACUGGGAUAACUAGGCUUGGGUUCUCACUUUUCAUUUACUUUUUGGUUUUUACUUAUGUGCAAAGGUGAGGUAUCUGCUCUGUUCACUGUGUGGAGCAGAAGGGAGGAGGUGAGAGUGCUCUGUAGCUGUUCAACAUAGAAAAUGAGCUGUUACUUAAUUGAAACCUUUUUGAGGAAGUAGGAUGAAAGCUACCACCAACUUGAUUCCUUUGAGUUCAUUCCAGGUUUUAGGAGCUGGUGCAUGUGAAGUUUUUCAUUAUGGCUGCAUAAACAUAAGCACCCCAAACCACUUUUUGAUGCUUACAGUGCAACUUGAUUCUGAGCAGUGCUUGGUGCUAUCGAUACUGGUGUAUAAGUAGGUGGCUAGUACCAGUCACCUGAGGACAUCAGGGCAUUUCAGUAGAUAUCUAAAUGUGGAUUUGGUUGGUUUAGCAGUAGCAUCCAAGGUUGAAUACAUUGAUUGACAUUUUGCAAGCCUCAGCCAUAUCAAACUGGAAUGUUAGAGAUCCUUUCAUAGAUUCUGUCUUAAACUGUACCUGGCCAUCUUUGCUACUUGUAUGUUUGAUUUUCCUGGUGAGGGGAAUCUGUGAUAGGAGAGUAUAGUGUAAUAUACUUUCUGCAUAUCUAAAAUAGUAUUUAAGUGAACAUUUUAAUUUCUACAUACAUAUUGCACUGAACUGUUCUGGGAUUAUUUUUGUAAUUGGUUGUGAUAAACGCAGCUAACUCAAGGUCACAGCACCCGUUCUGCUGGAGCAGUGCUGGACCUUAGCAGGCUUACAGCAUUAUUUAUAAAGGACAGAUAUAUAAAAAUAUGAAGUACCUCAUGUUGAAUGUUAUUGUACUGUAUCUUUAAUGUCACAGUGCAGAUCUUGUUGGACUCAUGAAUGUGUAUAAUUGCAUUAAAC